AUGUUUCCUUCUUCCCUACUUGGAGCGUUCGCCUUCGCUUCCAUCAUCAAUGCUUUCGUAGUGAACAACGGGACUUCGUGUUACCUAUAUCCAGAAAGUCUGACACAUUUCGGUCAGCCCGUCGACGAUUCACAGUCCAUACAGCAAGCCUUUGAGCUCUGCGGCGUCAAUGGCACGGUCAUCUUUACCGAGAAUGUGUUCCACGUUGAUCAGGUCAUGAACACGACGAACCUCCGCAAUGUCGAUGUCCACCUCUACGGAGAUGUCUUUUUUUCAACGAACGUACCAUAUUGGCUGUCGCACAGUUUCAAUGUCAGUCUGCAGAACCAGUCGACCGCGUGGCUGUUCGGCGGCACAAACGUUUCGCUCUAUGGUAAAGGCGGAAGCCUGAACGGCAACGGACAGACCUGGUAUACGGAGAACAAAGGCAACAGCAAUCAGCCUGGCCGCCCAAUCACGAUUACCAUCUUCAACUCCACUAACAUCUACAUUGACUCCCUGAACAUCACGCAGCCGCAAUUCUGGGCUACGUUCGUCACGUACUCGCGGAAUGUCACAAUGACGAACAUCUAUGUGAAUGCGACAAGCAAUGACCAUAGCUCGACGGUAAAUACUGACGGUAUCGACACAUGGUUGGCAUGCACUUCUCUACCUAGACUACGCACUACUUAUGCUAGCCCUGCAGGAACUCUGACACCAUCUAUCUCGCGAAUUGGACUGUGGUCAACGGUGAUGAUUGCAUGGCUGCUAAAGCAAGGCAACACCACGAACUUGUUCGUGCAGAAUGUGACAUGCUACGGAGGCAACGGCAUGACAAUAGGGAGUGUCGGGCAAUACCCAGACUUUCCUGAUUAUGACCAGAAUAUCACGUUUCAGGGUGUGCAACUCAUCAACUCCACUAACGCAGCCUAUAUCAAGACGUGGCAGGGCAGCAGCGUAUCCACGACCGGGAAUGGUGACGCUGGAGGAGGUGGUAGCGGGCUGGUCAAGAACAUCACCUUCAGAGACCUCACCUUCUCUAACGUCGUUCUGCCCUUACAAAUCACGCAAUGCAUCUACACUGAAGGUACCGGCACCGAUAUCUGCGAGACAUCGAAGAUGCAGGUUGAGAACGUCUUGUGGCAGAACAUCACAGGUACCACCAGGUACAACGUGGGUGCAUCCAUCCACUGUGCCGCAAGCCAUCCUUGCCCGGACAUUUACUUCAAGAACGUCAACAUUACCUCCGUCAACCAGACACUUGGUCUGCCACUCUACAAUACGACAUUGCAGAGCGAGUUGUUUCAGUGUGCCAAUAUCAUCAACGAGAACACGACGAGUGGCAUACCGUGCAAUCACUGGGCACCGGACAACUUCCCACAGUCCAUAUCGGCGAACGUACGGUAG